GGCAGGAGAGUGAAGAACAUGCAGCUAUACAGGAGCCACAACUGAGACUGAGACAUCGGCCCCCACAAGCCUCUGACAAGCACCAGCAGAAGAAAACGACGUUGAGACGCACAGGCUGUCUUCACACAGCUACAGGUGUGUACACACUUCUCUUUCCUGUGGCCCAUCCUGUCCGGUCUGUCUUUUCUUCAACUUUGUUCAACAGUGUUCUCCUCAAUGGCAAUUUCCAGUUACGGUAUUGUUCAAUCUAGAGAUAGUUUGUAGAUCUUAUCUGUCAUCCCCAUGGGUUACAUGGUCGUUUAUUUUCUGUGAUUGCCAAAUUGGGGUCUAUUAUAUUUAAGUCAUUUAUUUUUUAGAAAUGUCAUUACAAAGGGCUUGUAAUUUAAUUUAUCUAUCCUAAUACACUCCUGUGCAAAUUUGUUUCUAUUUAUUACCUCUUUAGUAGCUGCUUUUAAAGGUGUAUUAACUGUUAUCAAUGGUUUAUUAACUUACAAACGUCAGCCAUUAGACAGACACUAGGUAGGGGAAAAAGACUGAGUAAACAUCCCCCCUGGGCCUGCCAGUGAAUGGACAGACACAUUUCAGUCACAGCAGAACAGCCAGUGACCCACUGGCACUGGAGGUCAUUCACCCCAAAGACUGGCACUGUCCUCUGCUAGCCUACUGUAGGACAGUCACUGCAAAGUUUGACCUGUCUGGAUGCAAACCGCCCCAUUAAUAUUGAUGAGCUAUUGGUCUGGCUCUGCCUGAGUAGGAAAAUGUACUUUGGAUAGUUUUUUUAGUUUUUUAUAAGUCAAUUAAAAAUGUAAUGCUCUGACUGUGGCUGACUUGAUGAAGACCAGCAGGUCUAGGGUGUUAGCGACAGAGACAUAUAGCAGUAAUAACACACUAUUAGAUUAAUAGUCCUGUGAUUCUCAUUCUGAGCCUUUUGUGUAAACAUUGUCACUUAUCUGAGUAGGUAAUUGGGGUUUGGGACUAACUUUUAAGAAGGGUCAAUCACUGAAGCCAAAUUAUUGAGAGAGAUUAUGAAUGAGUGUUUUUGCUAAAAGAAGGAGAGAGAGAGAGAGAGAGAGAGAGAGAGAGAGAGAGAGAGAGAGAGAGAGAGAGAGAGAGAGAGAGAGAGAGAGAAAGACAGAGAGAGCUGAUGGCUUAUGCUCAAGACCCAAGUCUCAAAUUCUAAUAUCACUUUCUAAAUCUCUCCUCCUCCAACUUUCCUCAAAACUAUUCUCCAUCUGUUAGUCUGUAUUUGGGUGUUUUCAAUUUGAUUUGUCUGAAAGCCUGACACAAAGGAAAUUAAUGGAUUUCCAGUGCUGUACUGGUAAUGAUAAAUAACACUAAAUCAAUAGUGCAUAAAUAAAGAAAAUGUUAUGUUGUCUACUGCUCAAAGUCAGGCAGUAAAACAAUGUUUCCCUCUCUUGAUAAAGGGAACAAUUUUGCCACCACAGCCGUAAUGGGAACAAUUUCCCUCCACAUAAUAAUAAUAAUAAUACAAAGGUUUUAUAUAGCCCUUUUCUAAAAUCUAAGCUACAGCCUGGACGCUUUUGGAGAAGCUUGAGUAAGCAGGGGAGAUGAGAACAGGAGCUAACCAAACACACCCAGAGACGUGAUAUAGCCUGGUUAGGGGCAGUAGCAUGAAGGAACACCCAAGAGUAAAUGAACUGAAGCCAGAAUUGGAGCUAUGAUAACAUAUUUCUACAUGCCUACUCUGCAGUGCACACACCACUGCUAAGAAUUCAACCACAUAUUGACCCGCUCUCCCCUGUCUGUGUUUUAGGUGCACCAGUGACACAGCCAUCAGCUGUAGAGGAGCGGAAGAAGAGAAGAGGAACCAAGAGACUGACCAUGGGGUCCAGAGCUUUGUGCCUGUUUGUCCUGCUUGGGCUGUCUGUCUGGAGCAGCAGUGAGGGCCUCAGAUCCCCCAUCCUGACCCGGAGACGGAGGGCCCCAGAAGACAAAGGAGAACCACCCAAAAAGUGCUCAUACACCUUCCUGGUCCCUGAGCAGAAGAUCACAGGGCCCAUCUGCGCCAGCCGGGGCCUACACACGGACAAGGAUCGCGUGACCCGCCUGGACAUGGCGGCAGUAAGGGACCUGCUCUCCAAACAGAGACGGGAGAUGGACACCCUGAAGCUUGUGGUGGACGUGGAUGGGAACAUGGUGAAUGAGAUGAAGCUGCUGAGGAAGGAGAGCAGGAACAUGAACUCCAGGGUGACCCAGCUCUACAUGCAGCUGCUUCAUGAGAUCAUCAGGAAGAGAGACAACUCUCUGGAGCUGGCUCAGCUGGAGGGACGCAUUCUCAAUGCCACAGCAGAGUCCCUACGUCUGGCCGCCCGCUACCGUGACCUGGAGGUCCACUAUGCCACGCUCUCUGCCGUGGUCAACAACCAGUCGGUUUUGAUUGGUGCCCUGGAGGAGCGCUGUCUGCAGGUGUACGGCCGGCGGCAGGAGCAGCCUCCUCAGGGCCCACCGCUGGUGCAGGUGGUGCCGGAGAACAUACCGGUUAGCAUCCCAAGGUUCACCAAUGAGAUCCAGAGGGACCAUGGCCGGGCGUUCCCCAGAGACAGGGGCUCCCGAGCGGGGCCGGCACCCACAGGAGGCACCCUGGAGCUCCGGAAGGCUCCGCAGGGCAACUUCAGUGCAGAGGGUGAGGCAACUGAUUGAUUAAGUAAUUUUAUAGAUUGGUUGGUUGGUGGGUUGGGUGGUUGGUUGGUGGGAUGGGUGUCUGGGUGGUUGGUUGGUACCAAGGGUAAAACAUAGAGGUAUUUCUAAAUGAACCUCACAACCACAGACCAAUGGGUGUAUGAAUGGAAUAACAGCAGGUUAAUUUUCUUCUUAGACUGAGUUUUUUAAUGAAACAUUUGCAUAUUCAGCUGGAACUAGGUUUGGUGCUGCUCCUCGAUGGAAAUAAAAAUGUUGUCAUGUUUGAAAUCAGAAGAAAGAAGAGAGAAAGGAAAAGCCUGUGUGAUUUUACUCAUCAACCGAAAUUCCUGACACAUUUAGAUCGUCCUGGGUGGCCCAAGAAUAAUAAAGCCUGUGGGAUUUGAAGGCAGUUCUGUAUGAAAGUGAACCCUCUCCAGGACUGCUCCUUCUCAUGCUAAGCAUGGACAGAAGCCAGGCUGGAAUGACAUGGUUUCCUUCCCCUAACCGCAAAGUAGCAGCACUUCUGGUUUACUUCACCAUCGCUUGCUGAGACUAAUACAGACUAACACAGUAGCUAUCCUCCUCUAUAAACUAGGAAAAGAUUCAUCUCACAUUAAACAAACUCCCCACUGGGCAAAAUUGGUUGAAUCAACGUUGUUUCCCCGUCAUUUCAAGAAAAAUAUUCAAGGUGAUGAUUGAACUUGCAAAAAGUCAUCAACGUAAAGGAAUUUAGUAUUUUUAUCCACCCAAAGUUGAACCUAAAUCCUGGUGAAAUGUUUUGAUUGAUUUCACGUUGAAUUCACGUUAAUUGACAACUCAACCAAAUGAAAAUCAGAACUAGACAUUGAAAUGACAUCUGUGCCCAGUGGGUCACUGUUUUUAACUGUCCACAUCUUCUCUAAGACAAAUGUAUAACAAAUGAACUGUAGAUAAGAGGUCAACUAUAAUCAAUGGGUUCUAAACAAACUCACUGGUUUAACUGCCUACAUCUGGUUUGUGAUGAAAAGUCUGUAACAGAUACAUCCCUCCAUCUCUCCCUCUGUUCCUCCAUCUCUUCCCCCAUCCCUCCAUCUCUUCCCCCAUCCCUCCAUCUCUUCCCCCAUCCCUCCAUCUCUUCCCCCAUCCCUCCAUCUCUUCCCCCAUCCCUCCAUCUCUUCCCUCAUCCCUCCAUCUCUGUAUCUCUCCCUCCAUCCGUCCUGCCGCAGGUCCUUUCAGGGACUGUCUCCAGGUGCAGGAGGCUGGCCAUGGCACCAGCGGUAUGUACCUGCUGAAACCUGACGAGGCAGAGAGGCCCAUGCAGGUGUGGUGUGAGCAGGGCCUGGACAACGGAGGCUGGACCGUCAUUCAGAGCAGGAGGGACGGCUCCAUCAACUUCUUCAGGAACUGGGACGCCUACAAGGUGAUGAUGACAAAGACACCUCUGUCUGUCCAACCGCUUCUUCCAAAACCGUUAAGCCAGAGACAACAAUGGUGCCGUUAUAUGACCUAUCCAAAGGAACUUGUCUGGUCUGGUGUCUCAGGAUCCUUUCCAAGGCCUGGACAACUCGUGUUUUCACUUAUAAUAUAAUGUGUGUGUCAGCGUAUUCAUGCUGAAGAUAUUUAGUUUCGAGAUCGACAUUAUGAAACAUAGGAAGACCCAGUAGGAAGGUAUGUUCCACCGCUCAAUCAUCAACAUUUGCGUUCCAAACCAACACAGCUCUGCUAGCUACAUCCAUCCAGUACAUCUUAAGGAUUAACUGUAUCUGAGUUGGCCUUGCUUCUUGCUUAGUGAUUUGAUUCAGUGUUCCAUAUAGCUCUGCCAGGCUAGCUAGCGUAUGUUUAACUGGAACUUAAUCACUCUCCUCGACAUUGAUUCACAACCAUUCAUCUAUCACCCACCACCAAUCCACCACAUAUAAACACAUACGCAUGCAUGCACACACGAACACACCACACACACACACACACACACACACACACACACACACACACACACACACACACACACACACACACACACACACACACACACAUAGCACCAAUGGAGGCCCAGGACAAAACCCCUCCAGAUCAUACAUCAUCAUUCCCGGCUGGACUAUUUAAUCCGCAAUCAGAAACCAAAUCAGACCACAGCCAUUUAGUGUUGAAGUGCUCUGAGAAGAACAGCCGGAUACAUAUUGGUCCUGGUUUUUCAACACACACAAGGGGGCCAGUAUCAUCACCAUUAGCAGGGAUUCCAACUGUUGUUUGGGGUUGAAAGAUGAACAAUGAAAGCCCCCAUUUCUAAGAAUGAUGCUUAUUAUUUUCCAGUAUGGAUUCCACAAUGUCUUUAGUUUCAUCUGUAUAGCCUAUUUUAAUUACAGUACAGUAAUUCAAUGCAAAGUGAACUCUCUGAUUUGAAUAUCAAAUGAUUGUUUGUCUUAUACAUUAUUAUGGCCAAAGAAGACUAAAACUCACUUGCAGGAGAAUCAAAAAGUAAAUUAGAUGAUUGGCUAAGAUUAGUGCUCUUGUCUUCCAAAAGUACUUUUUGACAAAAGUUGAUUUACAAUAUUCCUUAUUUUAACAUUCCUCUUUUUAAACCACUGUGACUACAAAACCAACUACUCAUUUUUUAUCUCUGUCCCCUCCUUUCUCAGAAUGGAUUUGGCAACAUAGACGGUGAGUACUGGCUGGGGCUGCUUGGGAUCUACAACUUAGGGAAGCAGUCUGACUACAGACUUCUAGUGGAGCUGGAGGACUGGGUGGGGAAGAAGGUGUAUGCUGAGUACAGCAGCUUUCACCUGGAGCCUGAGAGCGAGGGCUACCGCCUGAGGCUGGGUACCUAUCAGGGAAACGCUGGUGACUCACUCAGCAGCCACAACGGCAAGCAGUUUACCACACUGGACCAAGACAAGGACGCCUUCUCAGGUGGGUCAAUCAAUCAACUGAUAUGCUGUUGGCUAAAAACCUAAGACAUCAAGUAGGUCCUUAAGAACACAUAUGAGCCAAACUCAAUGGUUAUCUUUUAAUGGACUAUUCAUAUUCUCUCUAUGCAGGUAACUGUGCACACUUCCAUAAGGGAGGCUGGUGGUACAACUCCUGUGGCCAGGCCAAUCUGAACGGUGUUUGGUACAACGGCGGGGUCUACCGCAGUAAGUUUCAGGACGGAAUCUUCUGGGCGGACUACGGCGGAGGAUUCUACUCUAUGAAGGGAGUCCGCAUGAUGAUCAGACGCAUAGAC